AUGUCGGGCAGUGGAGUCUCAUCGCCGCCGGCCGCACAGAGGCAGCAGCAGCAGCAGCAGCAGCAGCAGCCACUCGCAGCGGCCGCUCCGAAAGCUUCGUCUCCGAAACGCUCUCGACAUCAGAUCCACCGGUCCAUCACCGAAAUCACAUCACCUGUCCGCCUGGGCAAACACCAUCAACACCACAUCCACACAUCGCACCACCAUCCUCGAAUGUCACAUCACAAGAGGGAUCGGAGCCGAGACGGUUCAGAUGAUAUCAGCAUACCGCUAUCUGCAGCACCGGUGUUGCAGUUGCCCCCAAGAGGCUCGACCGAAGUACCCCGAUCCGAGGGUUGGACACCAGCCGUACCGAGUGCCAACCCAAGCCGGGCUGGAAGCAUAUUGAUACCAUCCGGCAGGGAGAAUGCCGGAGGUUUCCGCGGGGUGCCGGCUGGCGAGGAUGAGGAGGAGAUGCUGCGCCGGGCCAGGGACAAGACCAGCGCGAGGACUAGCGAUCUGAAGAAGUCCCUCGUCGAACUGUCCAACAUCUCCACUGGCACCACGAGACGCCUCGACGAAACCUACUACGGCGUCCUCGAGAGGCUCAGCUCCCUCCAAAACACCGUCGUGGCCCUGAAGGAGCUCGCAUCGGCCUCAGCAUCCGUGAACGAGGGCUUCACGGCCGAAUCAGGGUCUGUCCUCGCGGAAGCCCAGGCGCAGCUCGACGCCUUCGGACAGUUUGACGAGCAGCAGGCCCGCGUGCAGGCCCUACAGGAUCGUGUUCACGGCGGGCGGGAGCGCAUCACCGCGUUGAGCGAGAGGGUGGAUAUUGUCAGGCAGAAGGUGGAGCGCUGGGAGCGUGCGGACUACUUGUGGCAGAACAAGACACGGAGGAGGAUCAAGAUUGUGUGGGGGAUGCUGCUAGGUUUUGUCCUCAUCCUCGUGCUGUUGUACGCCGGGGCAAAGGCAUACGCGCCCGAGCUUGAUGAGCUUGCCGCGGAUCUGAAAGAGGAUGCAAUGCUGGCGAAGCUGAGGCUGGAGUCGGGUGGGCAGGGACCUUUAGCCAGCCACGACAAAGAGUGGAGCAUGGCACUCAAUUUCAGCAGAGACAAUGCGGCGGAGGGAGGAGGUGACGAGGCGUUGAGGGCUCUGGACGAACUGUAG